AUGACCUCCACAGCUCCCGAUCAUGCGGUUAACCCCGAGCACUUCCGAGUAGGGCCCUCAAACUCGGGGGGUUCCCAUGACGUUGAGCUCGUGGAUCUACCACCUGAGCUGAUGAGAGCACUGAAGAUCUCGCCCCUCUCUCGUCUACAGAGAACCAUCAUCACCCAAGUAGUAAACAGGGUGUCAUGCACAGUGACGGGGGGGCCAAGGACAGGCCGAACAACGGCUGCCCUGCUGACGGUUGUGUUUGCCCGGUUGAAUAAAAUCACCAUCUUCGUGACACCCACCAAAGAGGCGGCAGUUCAAGCUGCGGGAGUGGGAAACAUCAUUGCAUUGGGCCAUGGGACGCUCACGGUCUCAUGUCUCGUUGGCAAGGGUGGGCCCGCUAGUCCACUCUCUUCCACUGGCGAGGCCCAGAGGCUCAUUGUGACUACUCCUGGCAAGCUCAUCAAAGCUCUCCGCAACUGCGAAAUUGUGCCCGAGGAUGUCGGUACUGUGGUCUUAGAUGGGGGCGAUACUUUGUUAGACACUGAAACAGGUUGUGGUCACCAUUGUUCUUUGGUUUUGCAGUCACUUUCUGCUGCAUCGCCCACUCUUCUUGUGAUCAGCAAUACCGCCAUGCCUAUCCCUGCUGCUAUGCAAGAAUAUCAAUCCCCACUCGUCACCAUUGAGGUUCCUGGUCUCUGGGAGAAAAGAGGGGAUAUCAACUACUUACUCUCGCCAAAGUCGACCCGGUUUGAGGAAAUCCGCAAGCUUCUGUCUGAGGCAGGUAGUAAGAAGCCGGUAGCUGAGACUAUUGCCCAAGCCGAGAGCUUGCAGAAGUUCCUUGGGAAUGGAUUUACGCUGGUGCAUUCGGGGCUGCCCGAUGAUGUCAGGUUUGAGCGUGUGACACAGUUCAAUAAGGGACAGAUCUCACUGAUCGGCUGCCGGGUCCCCUCUUCUGGCCCGGACCUAGCCCUGGCUCAACUCGUGGUAUUCUUCGAGCCACCGGCCAGAUGGGGAGAUCUGGCAGACCUGCUGGAGAAACUUAAUGACCACGGUAAUCUGUAUAUCUGCUACGAUCCCGAGAAUUCAGAGGAGUCCAAUCGAAUUCUCGCCGUACAAGCCAACUUUGAGAGUGCCAAGAAGGGACAAAUGAUCACCAAUCAGUCCGGGGGCCGGCGCCUGGACCCAACUCGGAGGCUCCAGGUGACUGGUAUCCCCGCGGCGUCCAAGGAGGAGGUGGCCCAGUGGUUCCCUGUGCAGGAUAGAACUUUCGAAGACAGCGGUGGCGGUGCCACGGGACGAUGGAGGUAUUUCGACUUCGAAAGUGCCGCACUAGCCGAGCAGUUCAAGAACCGGUAUCAACACUUCCAACCCCCGGGUCAGGGCAUGUGGUCGCUUGAGCUCGAGUAUGUGACCCCGCCCAAUCCGGGACUUGACCCGAGAUCGAAGACAGCAACGAGUCGUGUUGAGAAGCAGAAACAGAAGAGGCCUACUCGGAAGCAGAGACAGGAGAGAGCGGCCGCCUUGUCGCGGGCAGCUUCCAGCCAAACUCGAUAG